AUGCAGAACCUCGCGAUGAUGGUGCGGGCGAAGCUCCAGCGGGAGGCUGGCGGUGGGGGUAGCCAGAAUACUGCACGACCGCCGCGCGAGCGACUGGAACCCCCACCGUUGCAGUUGCCCACAGUCACGCCGUUGUCGCCGCCGUUGGAGGUGGUUACCCAGGCGAAAAAGCGGCCCGUUCACCCAACCACCGGAUUUUGUCGAAGCGGCGCCCCCCCCGUGGAAGACGACGAUGACGGCGGCAGGGGGGAUGACUUCAGCAACAUGGAAAGUGGGUUCUGCUGGCUUUGCGCCAAGCAGGCCAACUACCACCUCGCGGAGGAAUUUGUUCUUUGCUUCUCUUGCAUGCGGCUAGUGAUCCGUACGUGCGUGAUUUCCCGCCUCGACACCCCGGAGCGGCGCAGGAGCGAUGCCGUCUUUGUUGCAAAGAUCCGGAAGCUUCCAAAGAUCGAGCCCACCCUGCCCGCGGAACCACUGCGGACGAGUGAAACUUCUGUAUUACAGGGGAAGACGAUACAGUAUGGGGGCUGCCGCGACACCGUCUCUGUGGAGGACCCGUUGCAGGCCCACUUUGCUAUGCGUAGGGCCGUCACGCGGCACCCCACGAAGCAGAGCACGGAGGAGAGACGGUCGCUGCCCGCCGAGAGUUCCGCGUUUCUCGGUGAUGACCUCUGGCAUUGUCCCCAGUGCGCCGUGAUGAAUAGAGGCACCGAAAGGUUCUGUAGGGCAUGCCAUUUUCACCAUGCUGGCAUCAUCAUGUGCCCCCUCUGUCGCACAACGUGUCGUUUUGGCGAGGGGCGAGUGUCAAGAUGCAGCAACACGAAGGAGCUGCAUAUAGUCUGGAACUGCGCCGCAUGCGGCAUCUUUAACUCCGUGGACGGUGACAGGUGCUACAAUUGUCGUCAACCUUUCAUGUGGGCCUGCUCACGGUGUACGGCGGAGCAGGAGUCUUGCCGCACCAGCGAGGGGCUGCGCGUCUGCUCCACCUGCGGGGCGUACAACACCCCGCUGGAGGCGAUGGAGUCACACCGCGCGAUGAUGCAGCGGAAUAGCACGAUGGGGGCGGACACAGGCGUGGAGUUUGGCUUCAAUGACGCUGAGACAAUUGCAGAGAAGGCACGACAGGCGGAGAUUGAGAAAGCAAAGGGGCGCCUCGCACUGCGUCUGCAGCAGCUGGGGUCUCUGCAGGUGAACAAGCAGGUGUCAGAUGGCAACUGCCUCUUCCGCUGCCUGACGAAUCAGCUCUUUGGGCACGCCAAGAACCACAUGCUGCUACGUCGCCUCGUCGUGGAUUACAUGCGGCAGCGGGCCGAGAGCUAUAGCGUCCUCUUCGACGGCGAGGCGGAGUGGCAGGAGUACCUGCACCACAUGCAGCAGAACGGCGUGUGGGGUGAUGAGUUGUGCCUCAACGCAGCGGCGCGGUGCUUCCACGUGAAUAUUCACGUCAUUACGAGCGACGUGGCACGCUGGCACCUGGUGUUUCAGCACGAGAAUCUGGGAACCUCAGGUUCCAUUGCGGUUCCCCCCGCUCAAGCGGCACAGAAAGCGGGGUGGGCCACCAGUGCGGCGAAACCCUUUUCGCCCGAGUGCAACUCCAUCUGCCUCUUUCUUCUCUACAUGGCGCCGGUGCACUACGAUGAUAUGACGCCCUUCCUCGCGACGGAGGUCCUUGACGUGCGGCAGUACCUGAAGGAGCAACUCCUCGCCAUACUGGCGGACGAGAGCUCGUGGCACGACGUAGGCACGGAAAUCGUACAGCCACCACUCCGACUGUCACAGUCAGGGGCCCCGGGACGCCACUCCAGGCGUUUAGGGGAGGCGUGUCGCGCGGGGGAGACACAGACAUCGCGAUCCACACUGCGGCGGCAGCAGCAGCAGCUGCAGCAGGAGGGAUGGAACCAGUGUGCCCACACACGCGCAUCUGCAUGUAUGAGCCAAUCUUUGUCGCUGCCGGGGUUACAACAGGGCUGCAGUUUGGGUGGGCAGGGCCGACAGGAACCUAAGAAGCAGAGGGAGAGGUGGAGGAGGAAACCAGAGGCGAACGAAGACGUUCCCAACAAACACGGAGAUACCCAAUAA